AUGAAUGAUGUGGGAAACAAUGCUACUUCUGAAGACUAUUUUAUUCUACUGGGAUUUUCUAAAUGGCCUCACUUGGAAGCAGUUCUUUUUGUGGUCAUCUUGAUCUUCUACUUGAUAACAUUGAUAGGCAAUCUAUUCAUCAUCAUCUUGGCACACCUGGACUCUCACCUCCACACUCCCAUGUACUUCUUCCUCUCAAACCUCUCCAUUGUGGAUCUCUGCUACACCACCAGCUCCAUCCCCCAGUUGUUGUUCAACCUCUCUGGCCCUGAUAAGACCAUUUCCUAUGCUGGAUGCAUGAUCCAGCUCUAUUUCUUCCUUGCUCUGGGAAGCACAGAGUGUGUGCUGUUGGUGGUGAUGUCCUAUGACCGCUAUGCAGCUGUGUGCAAACCCUUGCAUUACACUGUGCUCAUGCACCCUCGUUUCUGUCACUUGCUGGCGGUGGCUUCCUGGGUAAGUGGCUUUACUGCCUCAGCAUUGCAUUCCCUGUUUACCUUCUCUGUGCCACUGUGUGGUCGUCACCAAGUGGAUAAUUUCUUCUGUGAAGUUCCAGCACUAUUGCGAUUAUCAUGUAUCGAUACCCAUGCAAAUGAGCUGACUCUCAUGGUCAUGAGCUUGGGUUUUGUUGUCAUACCUCUCAUCCUCAUUCUGACAUCUUAUGGCGCCAUUUCCAGGGCUGUACUGAGGAUGAAAUCAAGCACUGGAUUUCAGAAAGUUUUUCGGACAUGUGGAGCCCAUCUCAUGGUGGUGGCCCUCUUUUUUAUUCCAGUCAUGUAUAUAUACCUCCAGCCUCCAAGUGAAAAUUCUCAUGAUCAAAAUAAGUUCAUUGCCUUAUUUUACACUGUUGUCACACCUAGCCUCAACCCUCUCAUCUACACCCUCAGAAACAAAGAUGUAAGAGAGGCAGUGAGGAGGCUAAUUAUGUGA